GGGGGGGGGCACUGGAGAAAUUUUUCGACAAGUUUUGAAAAUGGAGAGGGCAGAGAUCCUUCUAUAAUGUCUGCUUGCUUCCACUUAAAUAAGUUUAAAAAGCUCUGAGGCUCCCACAACUCCUGACAGUACUGCCGUUUGAAUAUCUGCGAUUAUCUGUAAAGGACUUUGUACCUGCUAGAUCAAACAUCCAUCCAUCUUCAGCACCAGCAAUGAAACAGCGUCCAAGAGAUCUGCUGGCCAAGGAAGAAGAAUACAAGCGAUUAAAUGCAGAACUUGAAGCAAAAACAGCUGAGCUGGUCCGCCAGGCUGAAGAAGUUAUGAAGGGACAAGAAAAAAUGCUGUCUAAACCAGUAUCGUCUCAUAUUGGAACUGAUAUCCUAGAAGAUGACGAGAAACUAAGAGAAUUCCUUUCCUCUGAUGUAACAUCUCUUGAAAGUAAAGUAUCAAAGAAUAAGAAUAAGGUUGGAUUGAAAGCCACACAGCAUAGCAGACCAUGUUCAGCAAAUAAAGGCAAGAAAGUGACAAAUGUAAAACACAAAGCUACUGAAUUGCAUGCAGCUGAUGAUGUUGCAGUUCCAGCAGACAACUCUGAUUUUUCCCUUGUAAAGAUAAUACAUGAGAUUGAAGGUAAACUGGAGGAUGGCUCGCUUGUUGAAGUGGAAGAUGAUGUGAUGCCCAGUGCAUGCAAUGAAAUGGGAACAGAGGCCCAGAUUCGAUUUCUGAAAGCAAAGCUACGAGUAAUGCAGGAAGAAUUGGAUAAAUUGGUUCAUGAGUAUAACAAGAAGGAUGAUGAAAACACUACUUUGAGCAACCGGCUGAAAGACACAGAGGACGAACGGAGCAGAUUACAGAAAACAGCUGGCAUUCAGCAGACACAAAUCGAAAAAUACAAACACUUGGCAGAUGAGGCACACCAGAAAAGUGAUGGACUGCAGCAGCAACUGUCUUCUUUACAAAAGGAUUUGGAGAGCCUGAAGAGGAGCCAGAGACAGAACAUCACAAACCAGAAUGCCACAGAAGUUCGUCUGAACAGGGCACUAGAAGAAGUUGAAAAAUACAAGACUGAGCUAAAUAAACUGAAGCAGGGCAAUAAGGACACAGCUAAUCAAGACAGAGGAAAGAUUGAACAGCUGAAGACAGAAAACAAGAGGUUGGAGAAGCAGAAAGCUGAACUAAUGACAGGAUUUAAAAAGCAGCUGAAGCUAAUAGAUAUUCUUAAAAGGCAAAAGAUGCAUAUAGAAGCCGCUAAGAUGCUCUCCUUCACUGAAGAGGAAUUUAUCAAAGCAUUGGAAUGGGGAAACUGAUUAGAAUAGAAAGCUGGCUUUGCAAAAUAUAAAUUUAGUAGUGAUUGUGUGUUGAAUCAUUUUUGUUUGUGAUUAAAACUUAUACGCUGUUCUACCAAUUUAACUUUUUUUUAAGGAUUAUUGAUGUGUUUUGAGAUGUUUUGAAGUUGCAACAGAAGGCACCAUAAAAAUGCAAACCUUUCUUUCACAUAGCAAUGCAUCAAAUGGAGGAGGGUUUGUUACUGGUUUUCAUUUAAUGUUUGAUUUAAUUUUCUCCUUCCCAUGCAAAGCACAAACACUGAAUCCUGAGUUUAGAGAGUGGGAGCAAAAUGUUUGAAAACUUGCCCACCAGUGGUGGGUUGGGUAAGACCAGGUGAUGCUCACUGGGCAGAGUGGCCAGGGCAAUAUGUUCUCUCUGCCUCCUUAUUUGUUUUACAGUCAAAUUUCACUGUAAUGAACCCCCUUGAGACCGUCAGAAAAGAUUGUUAUAUCAGGGUGUUCACUAUAGUCAGAGUUAAAGAGGUGCAUCUCCGAGCCGACCUCCCAGAUACUUUGUGAUCUCACCAGCGGUCCGAGAACUCAGUCAGGUUUGCCAAGCCAGCGAGCAACAGCCCUCAGGAGCGCACAUCGGUAGCAGCUGCCAUCAUCCCAGCCUCUUCAGCUGAAGGCCACCCGCGACCCCCUCACCACAGCGCCAAGAGGCCAGCCUACUCACCGUCCGAUCACAUGCUUGGGCUGAAGGACCAUUGAGGGCGAGACGAUUCAAAAUAAAAAGCGAAGCCAAUGAAAUUCUGCUCUGAAGCACCAGUAACAAGCCUGGUUUGCAGUUUGUGCCCAGAAAUCCAUUGUUGUGUCCGGGUUGGUCAUGUUUAAGUGUCUCUUGUGCUAAGACUCAUUUCCACUGAAAAUAAUCGGGUUUUGCUGUUGGAAUUGUUAAAAACGGAGGGUUGUUAGAAGCAGGAUUUUAUUCAAGUUCGACUGUUUGUUGUGCUUUGUAAUAAGCUCUCUGCUUGGAUGAAAAGAACAAAUAAGUUAUACUCAGGAACCUAACUAAUUUAUAUGAGGGAAGAGGGAAUGACAUCAACAGCUUAAGAACUCAAGAACUCACUGAGUACUAUUUAGUAAGAAUUCUCCAGUUAGGCCAUCUGAUUAACCUAAGUUUUGCAGUGAAUGUAAAAAUAUUGAGUUGUAUAUAGUACCAAUAUAUUUUAAAAUAAAAUGUCAAUGGUUAAAAUGUUUACAAAAUUUCAGGUGAAUCCUACAUAUUGACACCCUACAUAGCUACAAACUGUAUUAUACUGAAUGUCAAUAAAUAUGUUUGCAAUGGAGUACAAA